CCCAACCCUAACUUUUUUAAACCCCCUGACCUGAUUUCUUGAAAUACAUAUAUCUCAAAAUUUUAGGAUUUUAAUAUACGCAAGUUGGCGGAGGAGUUAGAAAAAAGGCAUUAUUAAGUUAAAUUAAAUAAUCUCCAAAAUUUCCUUUUCUCGAUCUUCGUUCGUCAGCGGAACAUGAAGUCUUCUUCUUCUUCUUCCUCUUUCUUCUAUGGAGGAUGGAUCUCUCUGAAGCUCCAAAAAUGGCGGAAGAUCCAAAUUCCGAUCCAUCCAAACACCGGCCAAAUCAAUAUACAUCCUCCAAAUCUUCAAUUGCAGCCAGAGCCAACAACUACAAAUUCCUCUCCGUCGUCACGCAACCUUUCCGGUGGCUGAAAUUGCUCUCAUCGGAGCUAAAUCCGAGCUUCAUUUUCGGCGUAAUCCUCGUCUACGGUCUCAACCAUGGCUUCUCCGGCUCCUAUUUCAAAGUCGUCUCCGAUUACUACUGGAAAGACGUUCAGAAACUCCAGCCGUCCGUCGUUCAGGUCUACAUCGGGAUUUACGCCAUCCCCUGGGUGAUGAAGCCGGUUUGGGGACUGCUCACGGACGUGUUUCCGGUGAGAGGGUACCUCCGGCGGCCGUAUUUCGUGCUGGCCGGCGUCGUUGGGACGGUGUCGGCGCUGGCACUGGCGGCGAAGGGCGGAUUAGGGGUUUUGGGGGCUCUAGGGUUUUUGAUUGGAGUUUCGGCGGCGAUGGCGAUUGCCGAUGUGACGAUUGACGCGUGCAUUGUGAGAAGUAGUAUUGAGGUGCGGUGGUUGGCGCAGGAUUUGCAGAGUCUUUGUGGCGCUUGCUCGUCGAUCGGUCAUUUGAUUGGGUACUCCAUUAGCGGCCUCUUUGUUCAUCUUCUCGGAGCUCAGGAAGCACUUGGAAUAUUGGCAAUUCCCCCCGCCAUGAUAAUCGUGUUGGGCUUCGUCAUAUACGAGACAAGAUCCACCACCACCGGAUCUUACGGGAAGGGAAAGGCAGAAUGUAUAAAGCAAGUGGGAGUAGCUGUAAAAGACACGUGUAAAGCCAUCAAAUACCCGCACGUGUGGAGGCCUGCUCUUUUCAUGUUCCUCGCGCUCUCUCUCAGUAUAAGUACUCACGAGGGCCAAUUCUAUUGGUACACGGACAAGAAAGCGGGCCCCGCAUUCUCUCAGGUCUUCGACAUGUCGUCACUCUACUGCAACUCUUAACUCAUCUCGAUUAAACGUCAUGUCGGAUUAUUUCUUUACGACCUUCUUCUUCUUCUUUCCAG